UGAAGAGAUGAAUACUUUCAGUCAGACACUCUGGGCUCUGGCGGCGGAAGGUAUUGUUAACAACAAGGAAAAAGUGUGUAUUUUAUUGUUCUAUAGCACAAGCCACAGGCAAGUCUCAGGAUAUAGACUGCAGUUGGCAUCCAGUUUCCAUAAUGCUCUGAUUCACAUAGACUCUUAAAAUGAUGCCAUGUUGUCCUUUAGCUAAGAAACAUCUAGCCCUCAGCCGCGUCCUACCCAAACUACCAGCAGCUCUCACGCUGCUUGAAUGACCGCCGCCGAUCCACUCUCUCCCCGCUCGUCACUCCCCGAAGGCGGCCGCGUGCACGUCACGACGCUUAUAAACGCGUAGUCUUGACGUCACAGAUGAGACUUGGAACGUCUGGAUUAGUGUUCCGGCAGGAGCUGGACCUUAACGGGGUUGCGGGAUGUUUAAAUACUGAUCCGGGACUGCGAGCUGUGUUAAGGAAAUCGGGACUGUCCUGCCAUAAGCGGGGCGGUAUGAUGUUGUAGGAGUUAAUUAGUCAAUAAAGGGCGCUAUAGGCGACAUUGUGGGGUUAUUAUAGCGGCUGAUUUCUGGGGGUAGUGCCUGUUUACAUCUCUCCGACAGAGACGUAUUUCUGAUAUUUAUCUCCUGCGUCCUGAUAAACCCCGCACAGCAUUUGAGAACCCUGGCUUUAUGUCUUUGGCUUGUUAACAACAGGCUUGUUAACAACAGGCUCUUCUCGCCUACUGUUCUUGUUCCUCCCCACACUCAGAAUGUCAGGCUCCAGUUCUCCCAAAUGUACUCCCAAAUCUUUACCCACUUCUGGGCAGAAGUCUCUACAUGACAUCAAGCACCCUCUGAGCUGUUCCCCUGGGGCGGAGGAUGAUGCAGCAACAGGUGAAAAUGGAGCAGUUAUUAUUGAUUCACCAAGCCCAGACCUGGCCCAUACUGAACCCAGCAGCAUAGCAGAUAAGGACCUGAGUUUGCCCAAUGGUACUCCAGCAGACACAUCCAGCCCAGCAUCCUCAUCGUCACUUCUCAACAGACUGCAGUUAGAUGAUGACUUGGAUGGUGAGACAAGGGAUCUUUUUGUUACAGUUGAUGACCCAAAGAAACACGUGUGCACUAUGGAAACCUACAUAACCUACAGGGUGUCAACAAAGACAACACGGACAGAAUUUGAUCUGCCAGAGUAUUCGGUACGCCGAAGGUACCAAGAUUUUGAUUGGCUGAGGAAUAAACUUGAAGAAACCCAACCCACCCACUUAAUUCCCCCACUUCCUGAGAAAUUUGUGGUGAAAGGAGUUGUUGACCGCUUUUCUGAAGAGUUUGUGGAGACCAGGAGAAAAGCUUUGGACAAAUUUCUUAAGAGGAUUGCGGAUCAUCCAGUCCUGUCUUUUAAUGAACAUUUUAGUGUCUUUCUCACAUCCAAGGACCUGAACAGCCACAAAAAACAGGGUAUUACUCUGCUUUCUAAAAUGGGAGAGUCUGUGCGGUAUGUGACAAGUGGUUACAAACUCCGGAACCGUCCUGUGGAAUUUGCCACCAUAACCGAUUACUUGGACACAUUUGCACUGAAGCUUGGCACAAUUGACAGAAUAGCACAACGCAUUAUCAAAGAGGAAGUGGAAUACCUAAUGGAGCUUCGAGAGUAUGGACCUGUGUACUCCACAUGGAGCGACCUGGAAAGGGAGUUAAAUGAGCCUCUGGAUGGAGUGUCAGCCUGUGUUGGUAACUGCUGUACAGCACUGGAGGAGUUCACUGAAGACAUGUCAGAGGACUUUCUGCCCGUGAUCAGAGAAUAUAUGCUAUACUCUGAAUCUAUGAAGGCGGUUUUAAAGAAAAGGGAUCAAGUACAAGCAGAGUAUGAGGCCAAAGCAGAGGCUGCUGCCUUGAAGAGAGAAGAGCGAUCUACGGUGCCAACAGAUGUAGAGAAGUGCCAGGACAAUGUAGAAUGUUUUAAUGCAGAUUUGAAAGCAGACAUGGACCGGUGGCAGAAUAACAAGAGGCAAGACUUCCGGCAGAUGCUUAUGGGAAUGGCUGACAAAAACAUCCAGUACUAUGAGAAGUGCCUUACAGCCUGGGAGUCCAUUAUACCACUUUUACAAGAAAAACAGGAACCAAAGUGAACAUUGCUUAAUUGAAAGGACACGCCAUGUUGUGUUUGAGUUACUAGGGCUGACACCAGCUGUGGAACUUGCAAACCCAAUGACUGUCGACUGCAUUGAUUUCCUAACACAGUGCAUUCUACCUAGCCCAACGAUUCCCUCUGUCGUUUCUGCACUGGUUUGAUCCCCAACUCCACCAGCAACAGCAUUCUCCAUAAUCUCUAGAAGAGCCUCUACUUUAUAUGGCAAACAGGACCAUCUGGAGAAGCCUUUCUUUUCUCUUUUACUAAACACCCCUCAACUAUUGUAAAGAACCUGUUGAGUGCAAUUUAAAUAUCUUAUUAUGAUGCCAUGUAACUCUGAGUGGAUUUCCAGAAGUACCUGUUUUCUAUACAGUUUAUCUCCACUAUCUGUGGCCAACUUUUUUCCUGUGCACAUCUGACUAGGGAUCCAUUUUUUUCCUGUGUGUGUGCGCGCGUGUGUGUUACCUCCAAAAAUGUUUAUAGGAACGUUGGGUCAGCAUGAACUGUAUUGGUAAAUGUGGCAUGAAGUAAUCCCUAUCUGAUGUUCUUUUUGCCAUCCCGAAAAUUGGAACGCAGUCUGUUGUAUCUGCACAUGGAGCCAGGUCUUGGGUAUUAUUUUUGUUUACACUGGGGCCUUAUAUGAAGUGUAUCAAAGGGAACAUCCGUCGGACAUUUUUGUUAUUUUUUUUUUCUUGCAAGUAUGUGCAAAAAGGAAAAAAAGGAAAUUUAAAGUACAUGUUUAUGUUUUUUUUUUUUUUUAAAUAAAAAUAAUUGAAAAACUU